AUGGCUGGGGAGAAAAACGAAGUGAAGCUGCUGGGGAUGUGGGCGAGCCCGUACAUGGCGAGGGUGAAGCUGGCGCUUAACCUCAAGGGCGUGAGCUAUGAGUACAUGGAGGAGGACCUCGCCAACAAGAGCGAGUUGCUCCUCUGCUCGAACCCCGUCCACAAGGUGGUGCCCGUCCUCAUCCACGACGGCAAGCCCAUCUGUGAGUCCCAGGUCAUCGUCCAGUACGUCGACGAGGCCUUCCAUGCCGCGGCCAAGGCCCUCCUUCCCGCCGACCCUUACGAGCGCGCCGUUGCCCGCUUCUGGGCCGCCUACAUCGACGACAAGGUGUUGGGGCCAUGGGAAAUGGUCUUGAAGGCGAAGACGGGCAAGGAGAGGGCGGUCUGGGCGAGGCGGACGUUUGAAGCGGUGGAUGUGCUGGAGGAAGGCCUCAUGAAGUGCUGCAAGGGCAAGGGGUUGUUUGGCGGGGACGACAUCGGCUACCUCGAUGUCCUGCUCGGGGGCAUGGUCCCGUGGCUGUACGCAACCGAGAAGAUCUCUGGUCACAACUUCUUCGACGCCAGCAAGGUCCCGCUGCUGGCGUCAUGGAUGGAGCGUUUUACCCAUCUUGACGCUGCCAAGGCGGUGUUCCAGGAGCAGGACGUCGACAGCCUGGUUGAAUUCGCUCGGUCGGUACUCUUGACCGGUGCUGCAACCAGCUCAUAA